AUGGGAAAUUUGACAUCGUGCACUAUUAGAGGUCCAAGAGUGGGGAGUACAAAGGCAGCUAGGGUUAUCCUUCCCGGCGGCGAAAUCCGGCAGUUCCGGGAGGCGGUGAAGGCGGCGGAGCUCAUGCUGGAACACCCCGCCUAUUUCUUGGUCAACUCCAGGUCGUUGAACAUGGGGCGGAGAUUCUCCGCCCUCUCUGCCGACGAGGAUUUGGAGUUCGGUAACGUUUAUAUUAUGUUUCCGAUGAAGCGGGUCAACUCCGUCAUCACCGCUGCCGACAUGGCCGUGCUUCUCAUGGCGGCUAACUCCGCCGCCAAGAGGAUAUCCGGUUCCGCGAAUGUUAAGGUGUCGCCGGACGUGGCAGCCGCGACGGCCGGUGAGUCGCCGGAAAAUGACGUCAGCCCGUCGGAUGCGUUUGCCGGUUUGGAGUUUAGACAUAGGUUAUCGUCGUGCAGGUCAAAAAAGCCUGUGUUGGAAACAAUCGUUGAAGAGCCUAUUCGUGUUAGAUGA